AAUCGGCCCAUUUCCUCCCGCUCUCAUAGGCGCAACGUGUGGUGCCAGGGCACGGCCUAGGGCGCGACGUGGGCCCCCUGGACUCCAGUGGGUGGGCAGCGCGCCAUCGGGGUACGCGCUCUCCGGUGGUCCCGCUUCUCUCCGGGGGGUCUGCAGCCCCGUGGCGGCGGGGGCGUAGGGCGGCGGCCCGCCCCGGGGGCGGAUAAAGCACCGGCACCGCCCUGCGCGGGGCCAUCGAGCGGAGUGGAGCGCAGCGGGGCCGCGCCGGGCGCUGCUAUGGGAGCCGGAGCCGUGACGGGGCUGCUGCUGGUUACACUGCUGAUAAUGCCGGGAGCUGGAGCGCAGGACUGCUGGGAGGGAGAAUACUUACAUGAAGGCCACUGCUGCCUAUUUUGUCCAGCAGGUACUUACGUUGCUCAGCACUGCAGCGCUUCGCACUCGAGAGGAAAAUGCGUCCCUUGCACUGAAGGAGAGAGUUACACCGCCCAUGAGAACGGCCUGGAGGAGUGCUUGUCGUGCAGGCAGUGCAAAGAUGAUCAGAUAACUUUGAGACCCUGUACUCUGACACAUGAUGCUGAAUGCCAGUGCAAAGAAGGGUAUUUCUGCCCUGCCGAAGGAUGUGAAAUAUGUCAGAGAUGCAGUACAAUGUGUCCAGAUGGGAAAGAAAUCGUGCAGAAUUGCAAUGCUACUACGGACCUAGGAUGUGGCUCACCUGAUCAAGGAAGCACAGUAUUUGUUUGGAUUCCUGUGGUUAUUUUGGUGGUGGCUGUUGUUUUGGUGCUGUUAUUUGUAAUUAGAAAGCUAAAGAAUGGUAAAGCUGCUUCACCCGAUAAAGAUGCAGAGAAAGGUCUGGAGUCUGAGGGCAGUACUGAAAGCCUCAUUUUAACAGAAGUGGAGACACCUGCAAAUAAUGCAAACAACCCAGAGGAUGAGAACUCUGGUGAGAGCCCAGAGGACCAAGCACAAAUCAAUCUUAGUUCGGAAGUAAACAACCCAUCACCAGAGGAAAACAGCGUUGUGCUUUCUGAGCGGGGCACCAUCCUGCCCAGGGUCUGGAAGCACCAUGUGGAAAGGUGCUGGAGGAGGAUCGCUGAGUUUUCACGAGCAGCAAAAACUGGGGAGAAUCUUGCUUGCCAGCAGAAUGCCCUGUCUAAUGUACCAAGUGAUAGGAUUCCAGCAAAUAAUAUGGUACAAAAACGAAAAUACCAAAUAAUUGUUAAAGAUCUCUCUCAAAAAGAACUGAGAGAUAGCUUUUUGGCCUUUAUAAAGGAAGUACCACGAAAAAAAUGGAAGCGGCUUAUGAGAACUCAUCUGCCAGAAAAUGAUAUUGAUAAAAUUAUUUAUGACUUUCCUAAUGAUAUAGAAGAGCAAUGUUAUCAGAUGCUUCUCACCUGGAGAAACUCACUGGGAGAGAAACAAGCUAUUAUUAAGUUACUGAAAGAGUUAAGGUAUCUAGAUAGCAAGGCUUAUGAUAACAUAGUGAACACUUUAAAAAGUAAUAACAUUAUUAGUAAAGUAGAAGUUACAGAUUAAUGUUUAUGAUGAACUUCAGGAAUGCUCCUGUGUACAUAUGUAUGUCUACAAACUUCCUGUAAAUGAGGACAUCAACAAACUGCUAGUAAAAAUGAUGGCAUGGACUUGAUAUCCUCCUCACCUUCGCAUGGGGAGCUGGAAGCGAUUUAACGCUGUCGGUGUCGACACGGACUCCGGUUGUGAUGUUCACUAAGGUCUUUUGAGUUGCAUGAUAUUGAACUCAGACACCGGAGGCCGGCUUGAGAGCCAGGAGCGGCAGCUGACGCUUCCCUUCCCGUGAGGCGGGACCCUGCGGUACAGGCCCGGGCGGCGGCGGGCACCAAGAGGCUGCUGCCGUUUUUCUGAGAGAAUUGCGACGCUUUGGUUUCCGAAACAAACUUGUGUUUUGCUUUGUAUCGUUAUGCUGGGAACUCUUGUGUUUGAAGCACAGCAAUAAAAGGCUCGUGGGGCCAGACGCUG